CGCGUUGCUGUCCGCACCCUCCUCAUACAGUACACAGCAGACCGAAACAAUGGUCAAGAGAAAGCACGAAAGCAACGGCACUGACGCCAACGUGCCUGUCAAGAAGACUGCAAAGUCGCAAGCUGAGGUUCAUGCAAACUUUGGCGACAAGCUGUUUGACAAGGAUGUCGUCACAAAAUACCGCGAAGACUAUGCCCAGAGUGGGCCAUACUUGCACACAGUUGUGUCUGGCCUGAUCAACGACUCCCUCCUCCGCUCCGUUCGUCGCGAAAUCAUCGACAAUGUCCACUUCACGCCCAAGGAAACCGACAUCUACAAGAUCCACCAGUCCGGUGAUCUCGCCAACCUUUCUGGUCUCGAUCCUUCCGCUCUCAAGCUGCUGCCAUCGCUGCUCACCCUUCGCGACUCGCUUUACUCGGCCGAAUUCCGCGCAUGGGUCUCGGAAGUCUCGGGCGCUGGCCCAUUGUCAGGAAAGAAGACGGAUAUGGCUGUCAAUGUAUACGCACCUGGCUGUCACUUGCUAUGCCACGAUGACGUUAUCGGCACUAGAAGAGUCAGCUACAUUCUAUACUUGACCGACCCGGACAAGCCGUGGCAGGCCAACUGGGGCGGCGCAUUGCGUCUGUAUCCUACCGAGGAAAAGACCGAUAGCGAUGGCAAGAAGGUCAGAGUCCCACACUACGACUUCACAAAGGUCAUCCCACCCGCCUGGAACCAACUUUCCUUCUUCACUGUCCAACCUGGUCAGAGUUUCCACGAUGUCGAAGAAGUUCUCAAGCGCAAGGAGGGUGAGAGCGAGGAUGAUGGUGGUCGUAUUCGCAUGGCCAUCUCCGGCUGGUUCCACAUUCCGCAAGAGGGAGAAGAAGGUUUCGAGCCAGGACUCGAGGAGAAGCUGGCCGAGCGCAGUUCCCUGCAACAGCUGCAGAGCAAGAACGACGAAUUCGACCUACCCCAAGAACAAUGGAUCGAUUACGACGAAGACACAAACAAGGCCGAAGAUGCAGAAGAGGAGGAAGUCGAGUUUGACGAAAAGGACAUGGACUUCUUGAUCCAGUACAUGACACCGCAAUACCUCACACCCGACACAGUCGAGGAGCUCUCUGAACUCUUCGCCGAAGAAUCAAGUCUGCAACUCGCAAACUUCCUCUCCAAGAAAUUCUCCGCUCGUCUACGCAAAGAUAUCGAACUUCACGACGGCAAGACCGAGCCUGCGACAAAUGGCUGGGCUACGGCAACUCCUCCCCACAAGCACCGUUACCGCUUCAAGCAUGCCGACCGUGCUGCCGCAGACACUUCCUCUGCUUACGACGAGCUCCUCAACAAGUUCCUCCCUUCUCUCGCUUUCCGCAAGUGGCUGAGUCUGGCAACUGGUCUCACUCUGGCCAAGAGCAGCAUUCUCGCCCGUCGUUUCCGCAAGAGCUUGGAUUACACCUUGGCGACCGGCUACAACAAGCCCGAAGCACAACUUGAAUACUGUCUGAACGUCACACCUUCCAAGGGCUGGGGCGCUGACGAAGAAGAGGAAGAGGGGGAGGAGGAGGUGAAGGAGAAGAACAGCAAGAAAGCAAAAGCAAAAGCCAAGGAACCUGCAAAGGAAGACGAGGAAGACAAUGUAGGCGGCUACGAACUCUACAUGGCCGGUGACGACGACGAUGAAGAUGAGGAUGAUGACGAUGAUGCACACUCUGACCACGGCGUCAAUAUCCCACCCAAUGCUGCUUCAGCGACAGGAGCUGGAAACCGCCGUGCUGCCAAACACAAGAAGAAGGCUGCGGAUCCUGCCAUCUAUCAAGCUGGCAAUGAAGAAGAUGAUGGUAUCUUAUUCUCGAACCCGGCGAACUGGAACACUUUGUCUGUUGUUCUUAGAGACAGAGGUGUUUUGAGAUUCGUCAAGUAUGUCAGCGAGAGCGCUAAAGGAGAUAGAUGGGAUGUCAUUGGCGCUGUUGAGGUUAUCGAUGAUGACGACGAGGACGACGAAGAGGAUGGUGCUGAUGAAUAGAGCAUCCCAGUUUUGUAAACUGAGUAUCUCAUGUAUGAUAUUGAUGAUAGGAUAGGACAGGAUAGAUAAAGGCACAUUUGAUGACAUUGCCUCCAUACUCAUGCAGCCAACAACUCUCCGGACGGCAAAUUUGGCGGGGAUAAGCACUGUUUUCCG